UUUUGUAAACAAUUAAUCUAGGUUAAGUCAACAUUGAGAUUCUCCCGCGAUUACAUUUUCUUUUCGUUCUCCAUGAUUCAUCAGUUGUAAUUAAUUUUUCACAAUUUAUUCAGUUAUUUUGGUUUUUUUAUUUUUAUUGUUUUCAAUUUUUGGAAUUCUGGAGAUUUUGGAGAUGAGAGAUUUCCCGGAGACGAGCUAUAAUUUUAAACAGACAGCUGUGAAAAAAGCUGGUGAAGAGAUUACACGAGCUCUUAAUACGAUUUCUGAUAUAUUUAAGAAUUUUCAAGAGGAUUAUCUAGCCCUCCUCCUGGACAAUGAGAGCCUGAGGUGCCAGCUGAGGAGAACAUCUCCCCCAGAUCUCAAGGUGAUUUCAAAGAUUUUGAAGGAGUCCCCGAAGAAGUCCCCAGGUGCACCCACUGCUCCCAUCACCUCUCCGACGAUCCGAGGAGUUCCCAGACCCAGAGGAUUCUCUCCCUCAGCAAAAAGAAUCCCCAGACGAGGAUAAAUUCAUCAGGAAAAGUCGAGAGGCAGACGAAACUCGUUCUCCAGCCCCUCAAUCAGAAGACAGACGUCAGUUCCCUGAGGGUGCUUGACCCCAGGGACCUGGAGAUCGAUGAGACGAUGUUCGAGAGGUUCACACAGAAGCCAGAUCAUGUCGAUGUCAUCGAGAGCAGUCCGAAUUUCGAUGUCUCCAAGAGAAAAGGAAGACUGAGACUGAAAUCGAAGGUGGAGAGGUCAGAGGUCACCUCCAGGAGGCCACAGGCACCAGUGGAUGAGAUUGUCCUGUCGGAUUUUGAGGUGGAGGACCUGGAGCCAUCCCUGAGUCAGAUGGAGAAGGAAGCUGUCGCCCAGGAUGGGAAGAGGGAGGGAAAAAUCCUGGGAACGGGGAAAGAGAAGGAGAAAAGGGAGAGGAUGAGGGUUAAGUCAGAUCUCGCGGACAGUGCAAAUAUUCAGGAUAUUGGUCAGACCAGGGCCGACCUGGAUGAGACUUAUUUCCCCAGAGGUGAGGUAGAGGGUCUCGACGGGAAUUUAGCCAAGAGGAAACUCUCUGGGGGCGAGGGAACAUCGAAAAUUGAAAAAGAUAAAGCAUUUGAGAUUGAUCUCGAUGGGGACUGGGAUACUGACGUCUCCAUGGACAAAUGGACUAGUCCACCUCCCAAGAAGAUGAUGAACAGCUUUGACUUCGUGCCUGAACCCAAGGAGACUCACAAGUUCGCGUACAAAGGGCCUGUCGUCAGGGGGAAGAGCGAGAGGGCGAAGUUGAAGGGCUGGAGCUGCAGGGAUUGUCAGGUUUAUUACGAGAACAUGAACUUGACUGAGGAUGAACUCCAGAAGAGGAUGGACCAGUGCUCCAGGCACAGAUCCAAGUUCAAUGAGAGGUAUCAAACACCUCCAGGAUUCUGGAAUCCAGUCUUCGAUGAUACGCCCUCCACUCAAAAGACUGUCUGCGAAUGACAAUUAAAAAAAAUUUUUUUCCUCGGUUUUUGGAGGAUAUCUCGGGAGCCAGGGGAGAUAGAGAAAUUUUUUAUUUGAGUUUUUUGUAGAGGAGAAGAAAAUUCAGGAAAAAGUUUCUAUCGAAUUUUUUGUCGGUGCAUUCGGUCUCGAGAUAUUCGAAA